GUGGCAGGGGUGUGCUCCGCAAGUAAAACCUGAAAAACCCUACUAAAACCCCCACACUUGAACGAACCUCUGAGAGUUAAAGCAUUGUUUGGUUUUAGAUUAAAGUCAUAAAAAAUGGCGAAAACAUUUUGUGCGGGAUUGGUCUCAGCCAUGACAGCUGCAGUUGCAGCUGGCUUCAACCCAAACGCUUCUUACGCCGACGCCUCUUUCGCUUACCCUCCGUCUUCUCCGAUUUCCGAUUCCACUUCGCCACCGCCAAAGAAGGUUCCAAACCAUCACCCGCGAACCACCUCUGCGGGUUUCGACCCUGAGGCUCUCGAGAGAGGCGUCAAAGCCCUCAAGGAAAUCACCCAUUCCCCUCACUCCAAAAACCUCUUCGAUGUCAUCAAAAAGCAAGAGGACACUAAACAAUCUGAAUUCGCUUCAAAAGUUGCUCAGUUUAAACAAAUGCAAACACAGCAUGAAACCGAAAGGCAACGGAUUAUAUAUGAUGAACAGAGAAAGCUUGCACAGCAUCAGGCUCAAACUAAAUCCCAAAUGGCCAAGUACGAGGAUGAAUUGGCAAGGAAUAGGAUGCAGGCAGAGAAUGAGUACCAGAAAGCCAGGAACCAAGAGCUAGUAAAACUGCAAGAAGAAUCGUCCAUAAGGCAAGAGCGAACUCGGCGUGCAACUGAAGAGCAGAUUCAAGCACAGCGACGCCAAACCGAAAGAGAGAAGGCUGAGAUUGAACGUGAAACAAUCAGAGUAAGGGCUAUGGCAGAAGCAGAAGGAAGGGCCCAUGAAGCAAGGCUCGGUGAAGAAGUUAAAAGGCGAAUGCUAGUUGAUCGUGCUAAUGCAGAGAGAGAGAAAUGGAUUGCUGCCAUUAAUACUACUUUUGAACAUAUUGGAGGGGGCCUAAGAGCUGUUCUAACGGAUCAAAAUAAAUUGGUUGUAGCAGUUGGUGGGGUGACUGCUCUGGCAGCUGGCAUCUACACGACAAGGGAAGGUGCACGGGUUAUUUGGGGAUAUGUAGAUAGAAUAUUGGGACAACCAUCAUUGAUCCGAGAGUCCUCCAGAGGGAAAUACCCGUGGUCUGGCAUGUUUUCUCAAGCCAUGAGCUCCCUGUCUCAUCGUACUGAUCCAGCAUUUGCUGCAAAAGUUGGAAAUGGUUUUGGUGAUGUUAUUUUGCAUCCUUCACUUAAUAGAAGAGUUGAGCAGCUGGCAUCAGCAACUGCUAAUACAAAAGCACAUCAAGCACCAUUCAGAAACAUGCUUUUUUAUGGCCCUCCGGGGACAGGAAAGACAAUGGCUGCUAGAGAGUUGGCUCACAAAUCGGGAUUGGAUUAUGCAUUGAUGACUGGAGGAGAUGUUGCACCACUGGGAUCACAGGCUGUCACAAAAAUACACCAGUUGUUUGAUUGGGCUAAGAAAUCCAAAAAGGGUUUAUUGCUUUUCAUUGACGAAGCUGAUGCAUUCCUAUGCGAGCGGAACAAGACCUAUAUGAGUGAAGCACAAAGAAGUGCACUAAAUGCCCUUCUCUUCCGUACUGGUGACCAGUCUAAAGACAUAGUGCUUGCUCUUGCCACAAACCGUCCUGGUGAUCUUGAUUCAGCUGUGUCAGAUCGCAUUGAUGAGGUCCUAGAAUUCCCCUUGCCCGGGGAAGAGGAGCGCUUUAAACUUCUUAAGCUCUAUCUGGUUAAGUACAUAGCUCAGGCUGGAUCAAAAAAAUCUGGUUUGGUUCAAAAUUUGUUCAAAGGAAAACAACAGCAGAUAGAGAUUAAGGGAUUGUCUGAUGAUAUCAUAAAGGAAGCAGCAACCAAGACUCAUGGAUUUUCUGGAAGGGAAAUAGCAAAACUGAUGGCAAGUGUCCAAGCUGCUGUAUAUGGGAGCAAGAAUUGUGUGCUUGACCCAGCAUUGUUCUGUGAAGUGGUAGAUUAUAAGGUUGCAGAGCAUCAACAGAGAAGAAAAUUAGCAGCCAGUGAUAAAAUUAGUCCAUCAGAUUGCUUGUAGAGAUUGAUUAUGUGGUUAAUACCGUAUCAUUCAUGUAUUAUUGUGGGCAUGCUGUUAUUCAUUCAUAUUUAAUUAUCUCCAACUAAUGGGGAGAUUUUGGAAUUUUAUUAUGACUAGGUUUCAGUUACGAUCAUUUUUCAAUAUUCAGGUUCCUUCGCAGUUAGCUGUUGUUGUCUUCAAGUCUUGAUAAUAUAUAUAACUAGGAAAUAUGCUCGUGUGUU